UUAUGGUUGGCAAAGGCUCUAUAUGUUCUAGAAAGCAAUAUUUCUUUCUAAAUCCAUUUUUGUAAAACAGUCUGCUUUAAAUUUGAAGAUUCAAUGAAUCUAUACCAAAAAAUUAAAUUUUUUUUUUGAAAAGAAAUAUGUUAGCUUUGGAAAAUAAAAUUUCUACAACUUUAGUUUUUAGUCAGUGCUUUCCUUCGCUAAUAGUUCAGGAUCUUUUCCUAUUAUACAAUCUUUUCCAUUAUGAAGAUGCUCAAAGAAUCAUGCGUCUCAGACCAAGCAUAACAGGCUCAGAUGAUAGACUAUAUUGGAGAUACAGCAAAACAGGCUCAUAUACAGUCAAAUCUGGCUAUCAUCUCCAAAGUCAGAUCGACUCUGAGCAAGAAAGAUUAUCCGACACAGCACAAUCCAACCAACUCUCUCAGGUACUCUUGCAACAGAAUAUGGGAGACACAAAGAAUAACCUAGCAUUGCUUCUUGGAUGGCGCAUAUGGAAGAUGAGAAACAAACUGCUGUUCCAAAAUAAGAGAGAGCAUAUUACCCAUACUAUUAAUGCAGCGAUCAUCGACAAGAAACUAUGGGAUGAGGCUAUGAAGCUCAAAGAACAGCCGCAGCUACCCUCUCAACCAACUCUUCCUAAUUCCACCAGCGACAUCAUUGGAGAAGAUACAAUGCUUUACUGUAUUGCUGACGCAUCUUGGAAAACAUCUAAUGAACUAGCAGGUAUAGGGUGGUCCUUAUAUAGUAAAGAAGGCACUCUCCUCAUCCAAGGUAGCUCAGCAAUUGAUCCUACAGAAACAGCUUUACAAGCUGAAGCAAUGGCUAUUUUGCUUGCUGUUCAACAAUUACAUGCUCUACAUUAUAAGAAUGUGAUGUUCUUAGGUGAUUGGGCGCAGCUAUUCAACAAUCUGGACAUCUCAUUGCAAAGAGAGAACAAAAGAAAUAACUGAAUGAAGCAUCUACUAUAGUCCACGAUGUCCUUGCUUUAGCUAGACUGAAUAAUUUUACUUUUAAGCAUGUUCCUAGAAACUUUUUUUUUUUUUUUUUUUUUUUUUUUAAAUGAAAAUUAUAUUAAUCUGCCCGUUAAACGGGAAUUCAAAGUGUGAUUACAAGGCUGAUUAGAACAAAACAUCUCAGAAACAUUCAAUUACAAAGAUCGUUUCGCCCACCCACUUAACCCGGCACGUUCCACUAACCCGUUCUCGAAAUUCCUAAGAUACCAGAUGCCGUUCUCAACCUUUGACUAAACCACAUCUAUGUGAGGUUCUCCUAGUUUCCUAGGAUGCCGGGAAUAUCCGUGUAAUCUCCGGAGUAGCUAGCAUCUAGUGAACGCCUCAGAACCUGUAAUCGCCACUCUGCCGGUAAACGCGCGGGAACUAUAGACGAUGGGAUUAGAACAAAACCUGUGAAAAUCGCUCCAAUGCCACCUGAACAAUCGCCUACACCUCCCAUAGACUCCAAGCGAAACAGUCACAAAGAACGUCAGCCUGAAGCCAAAAUGCAAGAAAUCGGAUACAAGAUGGUCGCCGCUAAUGACCCAGUAGUGCUCCAAGACCUGCAAGACAAUACUAAACAACACUACUAUGUGCAAAAGCACACAGCAUCGGGAUGUGUCGCCGAGUCGACUGGACCACCGAAGAGCUUAACUUUCUCAGACCGGAGAGAGCU